AUGCGUCUCCCCUACGCUCCUCAGACCCCAGGGGCUUCGAAUACGGAAACCCUUGAAAUUUACAAUCGUAUCGCUGCCAGGCGCAUACCGAGACCCUUAGUUCCUCUUGAUCUCACAUUGCUGCAUGCCCCUCCUGUCGCAGAUGGCUAUAACAGCUUUAUUGGAUCACUUCGUUCAAAAACAAUCCUGGAUCCUGCUUUGCUGGAACUUUCCAUCAGUCGCAUAGCUGUUUUGAACAAUGCUGUUUACGAAUGGAAUAUUCAUGCGCCACUCGCUCUGAAGGCUGGACUUAAAGCGCCAGCUUUGCAGAAUGUGCGCUCACUUCCAUUGUUCUGUCAAGCGACUGAGGCAAACAUUCAUGCCUGGAAGAAGUCGUGUCUUACGGCCCGAGAGCAAGCAGUUCUUGCUUAUACCGAUGCUAUGACAGAAUCUGUCAAUGUUUCUAACGAGGUGUUCCAGCAACUCAUUAAUACAGAGCUGUCAAAUCGGGAGAUUGUAGAGCUUACAGCCACAAUUGCCGGUUACAACUGUGUGAGUAGGAUUCUUGUGGCGCUGGAUGUUGGAGAGAAUAAUGCGCGUGAGAUGAAUAGUGUUGCUGAGCUUAUUACAAACCUUGCCUGA